ACGCGUGGGGCCGUGCCGGGGCGCCGGGCGGGGCCGCGCUGCCAUGGCGGCCGUGGCGGUGGGCAAAGCGGCGGGAGCGGCCUACGGGCACGGCGAGAGCGGCGGCGGCGGCGGAGGCUUCCUGGGGUCACGGGUGCCGGCCGAGGUGGAGGCGAUGGCCCGCGGCCUGCAGGACGUAGGCAAGGAGACCUUCCGCCGCCUGCUGAAAGUCACUGUUAAUGCAUUGGAAGGAAAAGACUGCAAAGAGUCUGUCAAGACGAUUGCAGAAAGCACCGAUCUCUCCGAAGAGCAGCUUGCUUUCCUCAUUUCUGGCAUGUAUACUCUUCUCCGAGAAGCACUGAGACUCCCUUUAUCGACUUUCAAACAAGAAGUUUUUAAGGAAGACCUAAAGGAGCUCAGGAUACCAGAAGAUUUCAUCACGGACUUUGCCAGUAUUGUCUUUGGUAGCAGGCGUCCUGUUUCUGAAGGCACAGCUCUGACACAAGCAAGUAGGCUGCCAAAUGUCCAAGACUUCAAGUGGAGAGUGGACGUAGCUAUAUCCACAAGUUCACUCGCCCGUGCUCUUCAACCAUCCAUUUUAAUGCUGAUGAAGCUUUCAGAUGGGACAGCUCAUCGCUUUGAAGUGCCAGUUGCAAAGUUUCAGGAGCUGAGAUACAACAUUGCCCUUAUACUGAAGGAAAUGAAUGAUUUGGAGAAAAGAAGCAUACUGAAAAUCCAGGACUGAGAACGUCUGAACUGGAAUGUUAACAGAACAGAUGUGAAACCUUCAGUGAAUUUUGUGAAGGGUAAAGCGUGGGACCAUAGCCACUUUGCCUGUCUUAUAACUGCAAUGUAGCAUUUAUUAUGUCUGCUGUAAAUAUUUUUUCAAUUCAAGUUUUAAAAGCACAAGCUCUUUUCUUAAGACUUAGAAAAAAAAACAAAAAAUAUAUUGAUGAAAAAGUUUAAUCCUAUUUGCAAGCAUUUUUUGCAUGAUUCAUCAAAACAUUUUUUAAAUAACUCUCUUAAUAAAUGUAAGAACCAUUUCUUCCUGAUUAUGAUUCAUCACUCUAAUUAUUUUUGAAAGCCUGCUACCAGAACCACCAUCAAUGUGUAUCAGAAGAAAGCCUCGCAACGUGUCAAAUAAAAAAUACAACAACGACAACUAUUGCGCUGUAGUAUGACAAACGUGAAUUUGAUUGAGUUUGGCACAAGUAAAAUUGCUGUCUGAUUUCUUGAUAAGUGACUCAGGUAUAGGUAUGUAUAUUUAAAAGCUAAUUUUGAAGAAAACUGGGAGUCUGGGGAUCAAGAAAGAAGUGUGGACUGAACUAAUUCAGUGGAAUUGCCAAAGAGGAAAUGUGUAAUCUGUCUUUAUCUGGAUGAUCAGUACGCACUAAACAGGAGUAAUCUUAGAUUUCUGAGUGGGAAUGCCUGCUUUGUUUCACAUAUUUCCCAUGUUUGUCAGCUGAAUCAUCUGAGUCUUAUUACAGGGCAGAAACCUCUGGCACUGAGAUGAUAGCCGGUGGCAGAAGACAGUAGCCUUGUAGAUGACUACAACUAAUAUACUUUAGGGACGCAAGCCAGACCCCAGGGUGAGGAGACUGCCCCUGGUAUAUGGGUACAUACAGCCCCUGGUACGAAAGUCAGAGGUAAAAGGAUAUCCAAACAAUACCCAGGUCAAGAAAACAGUUGAGCAUGGGCUGAAGGCUCCAUUGCCCCAUUUGUAAAGCUUGAAAUAACUCCCUUAACUGGAAGCAUAUGUUUUAAGUCUCGUUUAAACUCAUUGAGACCACAAAUAUGUCCCUAAGGGCUUUAUUAAGAAGGAAUGCAUUCCUGAGCCAGUGCCUGAAAGAGUUUUACAACAAGAGCAAAGACAUGAGACUGAACAACAGCUAAACAGCACAGCUCGUGGGCCUUGGCGCUGGAUUUACCCAACUGUCAGAGGUAGUGUAGAACACGUACACCGCUACCAUUGUUAAGCAUUGGAUUUUCUAGCUGCUUGCUGAGUUUCUGUCUCAGUAGUGCCACCCAUACUUCUCUCACUCAUUUUGUGUAGAACUCGCUUUUAUCACCCUUGUUCCUAGCCAAAAAAAAAAACCCAGAAACCUACUGAAUGUAACAUUGUGGAUUCAGGAAGGCUUUUACACUUCCACAGGUGUUUUUGUAGGAAAGGAUCAUGCUCUUGGAUUUUACGAAUCACAAUAGCCUUGAGAUAUUAUUGUCCUGCUUUUUAAGAGGAGUCUUCUUUGAUAGCAGUCCAUACCAAUGUACAGACAGCUAAAUAGUCGCAAUCCUGAAAGCCUAUCAAACCUAUCCAUCAAGUGUCCUGUAGCUUCAUAUAAACAUUUCAGUCAUGAUUUUGAACUGUUCAAAGGCCACGUGUUCUGUUUGCAGACUUUCAUUCGUGUACCUUAACUGCUCUACCUGGCUCACACCAAAGCAAGUAAAAACAAAUUAGCCCCUGUAGCUUCAAGAGGUCUGUUGAUUGCAUUAAUUUGGUGUUUGCUUUUUAAUUUUGCUUUCUGAAGUUUGUUCAUCUUUUUAUUGGAAUUACAUUGUCACAAAGUGUGAAAAAAACCAUAUGCUUAUGUUCCUUGUUGUAACUUUGCCCUUUUAAACGUUUAUGUCUACAUGGUUUUGAGCUGGAGAAUGUAUCUCCACUGAGGCUAUUAGUGAAGUAUUUCAAGACAAAUGGAACACUGCAUGGGUGUAAAAUGCAUUCUAUCACUCAAGACAUCUGCAAAGUACUCUUUUACUGCUCAGCACAGAAGAAUUGAUAAGUACCUUCACCUUCUGGACGCAAUAAAUUCGUUUGGUGGUUCUCCUCUAA